GUUCUGAUCAACUGUCGCAACAAUAAAAAGCUCCUAGCUCGUGUCAAAGCAUUUGAUCGGCAUUGUAACAUGGUCCUGGAGAAUGUGAAGGAAAUGUGGACCGAAGUACCACGUCCUGGGAAAGGAAAGAAAAAAUCCAAACCGGUGAACAAGGACCGCUUCAUCAGCAAAUUAUUCCUGCGUGGGGAUUCAGUCAUACUUGUACUGCGAAAUCCUCUCGCCACAGCCAGCACUGCCCGCGUCUAA